CAGUGGUGUAGUAACCCCUCAAACACCCAUGACUUAUUUUUAACUCAUUUCCCACAUCCGGCGCUAGGAGGCAGUGUUGUUCCUGUGUGGACGCCGCUGUUUGCUUUACAGAUUCCUGCGGAUAAUGUGAAGGAGCUGUCUGCAUUCAAGCGGAAGUCAUGUUUGCACGAUGAGUCCUCUCUGUGCGUCGCAGUUCUAGGAGCUCCGAGUCGGUCUGCUCGGCGGUCAGGCGUUGGCCGCUCGCUCGCUCACGUCCGUCCAGGACGUCGUCCGUCAUUUGAAGGGCACGAAGGGGCGCUGCUGCUACCGCCGGUGUGUUUUCACUGAACCGAGGAGACAAACGCACGCGCUCCUUGGAGUUGUAGCCCACCUGCAGCCGACCCUCUCGUCAGCAUCGCUCCUAAACCACCUGCCCGCCUCUCCUUCCCCAUCAAGGAAGGAAGGAAAGGAAAGAAGGAAGCGCGGAGAUGCGUAUGGUUCCAUCUAGGAGGCAGCAGCAGAAGAAAGUUCCGCUUUUUUCUUCUUCUUGUGAGUGAAUCUUUAACUUCUGGUGAUUCAUCAAGGCUCCUCACCUGCACAGAAAAAGAUAUCUGCUGAGAAGAACCCCAACAGAAAUCAUGGACCAAAAUAAUCCAAGCCAAAGCCAGACUCCAGAAGACAAUACAAAGAGCGGCACAGAGCCUUUAUCUGUGUCAUCAAACACAAUGAAUCCAAAUGCCGACUCUAAAAGCGGCCAGCCUGCAGUUCCCCACAGGCCUCGGAGGCCCCAGAGGAGCCCAAGAGUCGAGAGCUCUGUAGACAUCUCAGAACCCAAAACUGAACCGGUGCCACCAGCAGACAAGGAGGAGAGCACGCCUGAUGGCAUCGCAGCAAGCCGCCCCAAACCCUCUCGCCCUGCGCCCGUCAAACCCACAGGCGAGACCCCGGCACCAAGCGUGAAGUCUGGUCCUAAAGGUGCAGGUCACCACCAUCCUGUCAGGGCGGCCUCCGUCCCCCAGCCGCCGGCCAGCAGGCCUGUGCCCGCUCACCUGAUUCCUCACGCACAGAGAGCCCUGUCUGUGGCGGGGACCGCUGACACGCAGCGCCAGACUGUGGAAGACUUCCGAGUUCACAUCAUCACCUGGAAUGUGGGCUCCGCCGAGCCUCCUGAUGACAUCACUGCUCUGCUGGGGUUGAACGUGGGUGAUGGAAACACAGACAUGUACAUCAUCGGUCUGCAGGAAGUGAACUCUAUGAUUAACAAAAGAUUGAAAGACGUCCUCUUCACAGACCAGUGGAGCGAGGUGUGCAUGGAGAGACUCAGCCCGUUUGGAUAUGUGCUGGUGACAUCCCAGAGGAUGCAAGGUUUGCUGCUGCUGGUAUUUGCCAAAUACUUCCAUCUGCCCUUCCUCCGCGGAGUCCAGACUGAAGCCACCCGCACAGGCUUGGGGGGCUACUGGGGGAAUAAAGGUGGCGUGAGCGCCCGCAUGUCGGUGUUUGGCCACACCGUCUGCUUCGUCAACUGCCACCUGCCGGCUCACAUGGAAAACUCUGACCAGCGCAUGGAAGACUUCGAGAGCAUCUUACAACAGCAGCAGUUUGAGGGGCAGGCUGCCACUGGGGUUCUCGACCACGAUGUCGUGUUCUGGUUUGGAGAUCUUAAUUUUCGCAUUGAUGACUUGGAAAUACAAGUUGUGAAGUCAGCCAUUGACAAUAACAAGUUCUCUGCACUUCUGGAAAAAGAUCAGCUCAACAUGGCCAAAGACAGCGAAACUGUGUUGGAGGGUUUCCACGAAGGUCCGCUUAAAUUCCCCCCCACUUAUAAAUUCGACGUUGGAACAAAUACUUAUGACACAAGUGGGAAGAAGCGUAAACCAGCGUGGACCGACAGGAUCUUGUGGCGCCUGAGAGCCACCGCGCCGGCCGCUCAGAGCUCCGGCAAGCGUGGCUCGUUUUCGGGGCUGACCAGCGGGACCAAAGUGACACAGCACUUCUACCAAAGCCACAUGGAAUACACAAUCAGUGACCACAAACCCGUAUCCUCCAUCUUCACCUUGCAGUUUCCAUACAAACUGGAUAUUCCUCUGGUCACCAUCAUAGUGGAGGAUGAGUGGAACAGUGUGGCUGAGGCCAAAGUCAUUUUCAAGGUGGCGCCCAAAUAUUCUCGCAGUUCUUGGGAUUGGAUUGGACUGUACAAGGUGGGUUUUAAGCACCCCAAAGAUUACGUGGGCUACGUUUGGGCCAAGCAGGAGGAGGCAGAUUUUCUUCGACAAGAACAUGAGGUAACCUUUACAGAGGAAGAAUUGCCCAAAGGCUCAGGGGACUAUAUUUUGGGUUACUAUAGCAACAACAUGAGCACCAUUGUGGGUGUAACAGAACCAUUUCAGAUUCAGCUUCCGUCAUUAGAACAUGAGAGCAGCUCAUCAGACAGCUCCGACUUCAGCUCAGAAGAUGACAGCACUGUUGUCAUGAAGAUGAGGUCCCGCAGCUCGAGUCCACGUAAGGGCAAACGCCGCGGCCAUCGAAGCGGCAGCCGCUCCCGUAGCCGCUCCGGCAGCCCUGCACAGGCCAAGCUGACGGAGCUUGAAAUUACCGAUGGUGCUGCAGCAAAGAGCAAAUCUAGCAAAACCCCAGAAGAGGGCAGCACCGAUCAGCAGUCUGUUUCUGCAGAAACCGACAAAAACAAAGGAGAUUCAGGAGUGUGAAACUCCAGAACCUACUGUUUGUUGCCAUUACCUUACAUGUUGCUGUGAUAUCAUUUUUUUUAAAUCAAUUCACUAGACUGUAUGUUAUCUUUUUACAAAGUGAACUGUUCUUCAUAACAUGCUGUUGAAGAACAGAACAGAUUUCUGGUUUGAGUGAAAGUUUCUUGCUUUUGGAUUUUUCUGUUCCUGAUUUUUUUCUGUGACUUUUAGUCCGUCUUCUGUAUCUUUGUAUAGUCUCAGGUGUUGAUAGUACAGGGACAUACAUCAUGAAUCAACUACUCAGAGAUCAUGAACUUAUUAAUUCAUAAGGAGACGGCUAUCCCGUUUGAUUCUAGCCUUGCGAACAUUCCCUGCUUUUGGAAACGAUAUGCAAAAAAAAAAGGUUUAAAUCAUCUCCAAAUUGUAUCCUGUUGGUGCAUAAAACAGAGCUAAACCAAAGGAGGUGAAGACAGAAUUUAGGAAGCACAGCACGGUAGUACACCAAGCCUUUUAAUAGACUGCCAUAUCAGUUCAGCGGGGUGUCGUGGCGGUGAGACGCCAUGACAGCUGACCCGGUACAGCUGUCAAAUCGGAACUUUUUUUUAAGUCAAUCACACCUCCUUUUUCCCCAAACAAAACCCAAAGCAAGACCAAGUUCUAAACUUACACAGAACUGAACAGAAAACAGCCUGGAGUUGUUUCUAAGUGAUGUGAUGCUCUGUUGUUGUGUACCAUCUUUUAUAAUUAUGGGAGAUAAUAACUAAAAUUAUUAAUAGUUUUGUUACUUUUUGGUUGACUUUUCUUUUCUCUCAAGUUCUGAUCCCCCAUCAUUGACACCUGUGAGUAGCUGAAAGUAACAACCGUCACAACAGUGGUGUUACAUUGUUACCGUGUGACCUGUGCACCAUCUUUGUACUUUUGGACGGUUAGUGUAGAACGUUGUCGUAGCUGUGACCUAAGUGUGUACGUCUGUUGUUUGCCAUUAGUGUAUGUUGUGCUGGAGGUCUGCACAUGUGUGUGUUUUGGGACGGUGUGUGUGUGUGUGUGUGUGUGUUGGGAGGGUGGGUGUUAAACAACUUAAUACGACUGCUGUGUGGCUGCAUUUGCAUGGUUUGCCACCGAGCACUCUGUACAUUCCGGUACCGUGGGUUUUGUGCCGUAAAAGUGCUAUUUUUGAACCAUCUUUGUUGUGUUUGUGGCUGUGAAACUUACUGAAAAGAAAACAAAUUUUAACUGGAGUAGAAAUGUUUGUCGAAUACACGCAGGGUAGUUCCAGUUGCAUUUAACGGAAAAAUGUCUGAAUGUUUUCAAGGUGCAUUUGUGGAUUUUCCUUAUCUUGAAAUGAAAAAACUGCUGGACCUUUGUCAACAAAAAAAUCUUUAUAAAAAGUUCUUUAGAGUAUUUAGAUACAUCUGUUCAGGAAUACAGUCACACAUGGUGACACUCUAUUGUGACAUGUAUACUGAAUUUUCUGUUUGUAAAUGUGUGGCUAAAAACAUGAGAUAUAAAGUAUAUUAUAGUAUAUUAUUAGUAUAAUAUCUAUGUUUGCAUAUACAUGUAUAUAUGCAGAUAUACAUGUAUAUAUGCACAUAUAUUUUAGUUAAAUUAUCUAUUUAUUUUCUUAUUCAAAAUCUAAAUGAUUUUAAAAUUCUGCUGGGCAGCGACAAAGCUUUAUUUCAGUGAAAAUCGGAAAAUAUCAUGAAAUCAUGAUAUUUUCUCCUCUAUAGAAAUGUAAUGACAGAUGUGUUACCUUGAUUUCAUUUCUGUAAAUUCUGAUAUCAGGUGUUGCUCUUAUUGUCAGGGUUGAGAUUGUUGAGUCUACUGGUAUUUGUAUAACUGUAAUUGAAAUUAUAAAUAAUGAUGAUACAAAAAAAAUGAUAUAAAGGUUUAUUGUGACGGUUUGUCUCUGUAAAAUCAUCAAACCAGAGAUAAGAGAGUUGUUUAUGGACUGUUUGUGAACCUAAAGACAUAGUGAAACUUUGUUUAAUAAAAUAAUAUUUCAACCAUG